AUGACACCGACAUCAUCUCACUUACACGAUGACAACACUCCUUGCUUCUGCGCUCCGCAUCCCGCUCUUGUCGCUCGAGUUCUGGCCGAGCCCCGUCAAUCUCAAUAUGCCUUGACUAUUCCCGCCAGCCUCAUCGAUGGACUGAACGAUGGCAUGGUUUUUCCUCCAGGGGACCCCCGCUCAGCCAUAUCCAAUAGCUUGCCCGUGAACCAGGCGUUAGAUCGAGCUCCGUUACGUGGCAAAGUCAAUUGCGUGGUUGUGCUAGUCGAAUUCGAAGAUCAACGAAUGGGGGAGGGUGCUGCGGAUCGUUUCCGUGACCUGUUCUUCUCGACCCAUAAAAUCUGGAACGGGAGCGUUCACGAAUACUUUUCGAACGUUAGCUCCGGGAAGAUCUCUAUCACCGGAGGUGUCAUCGGUCCCUAUCUUAUGCCCAAUGGGAUGCACCAUUACGCCAAUGGCGAAUGCGGUGCAAGUUCAAGCACGCCGAAUGUGCAGAGCCUUGCGGCUGACGCCCUGUCUGCCUGCAGAAACGACGUCGACUUUGACCUCUACGAUAACGAUGGCAAUGGACAAGUUGAUGCCUUCGUGGUGGUGCAUGCUGGACGAGGUGCAGAGACCACCGGGAACCGAAACGAUAUCUGGUCCGUUAAAUGGGUUCUUCCGAAAUCUACUCUUGUCAACAACGUGAACGUCUACGCUUUCCUCACGGUCCCGGAAGAUGCUCAGAUGGGAGUCUGUAGCCAUGAGCUUGGCCAUGCGCUAUUUGGUUGGCCUGAUCUUUACGACAUCGAUGGCUCGUCCGAAGGUGUCGGUGACUGGUGCUUGAUGGGUAGUGGGUCAUGGGGUGGUAGCCCUGUCGGCUCGAAGCCGUGCCAUCCUUCUGCUUGGUGCAAGGUGAAUCAAGGAUGGGUUGAACUAGACGCGAUAGAGUUCAACGGCCGAAUCAAACUGGAAGAUGUGAAAACAGGGAACAAGGUUCUUCGAUUAUGGAGUCAUGGAAACACAGCCAGCAAGGAGUACUUCCUAGUUGAGAACCGACAGCAAGCUGGCUUUGAUACAUCUUUGCCUGGAGGCGGUCUUCUAAUCUGGCACAUCGAUGACGAGAAGACCAACAAUUCCGACCCCGCACACUACAAAGUUGCCUUGAUGCAGGCUGACGGGCUCUACCAGUUGGAGAAAGGAAUGGGGAAUACAAACAGUGCGCCACUACCCACGACCCUCGGCAAGAAGAAGCGCACUUCAACGCAGAAGCAACUCGAUCAAGCGUCACAGUUCAAUCCAGGGAACCGAGGAGAUUCGGGAGAUCCCUGGAAAGGGGGCAGUGGGAAAUUGUCCCGCAACGUGUCGUUUCAUAGGCGAAGCGUUCCAAGUAGCGAUUCCUACACCGGCCAGAGGUCGUUUGUCGAGGUCAACCAUAUCCAUGCUGCAGCUGCGACGAUGAAGAUUUAUGUCGCCGUACGAAAUACACCACGAUAUGCAGACAGUGCCGGGGAAGGGAGUUACGGAGGGAGUUUUGGGGUCAUUAAUUCAGGAAACCCCGGAGCAUUCGCUAGCUCCGCAUCAUGCGGCACCUCAGCAUGCGCGUAG